AUGGCUUCUAAACCAACUGAAAUGUGCGUCAUCGAGACGACUGGCGCCCGCGAAUACAAGGUACGAAUGAAUAGUUCUCUUUUUGUGACGAUUAUGACUUCUGUCUCUCUGUCUCUCGAUCUCUUUUUGACACAAAAACGCGAGAUGGAUAAUUAUAUUCCAUCGGGGAAGUCUGGCCGUCGUUUCUCUCGAUCAUCUUUUUCUCGUCGUCAUCUUUUGGAUGACGAUGCUCUUUUUAACCCCGCGCGUUUUGAGAAGACACGAAACGCAUCGUCGUCGCGGAAGAAGAUGAAGACGUGUCUUUCUCUAUCUCUGUCUGUUCGCGACAUGGCCCAAGCUGAUUUCGGUCGCAUGGAGAUCGAACUCGCCGAGGUUGAAAUGCCGGGUCUCAUGUCCUGCGUCUCCGAGUUUGGCCCGAGCCAACCGCUCAAAGGCGCGAACAUCUCCGGUUCGUUGCACAUGACCAUUCAAACUGCGGUUCUCAUCGAAACGUUGGUGAAGCUCGGUGCCGUCGUCAGAUGGUGCUCGUGCAACAUCUUCUCUACGCAAGACCACGCCGCGGCGGCGGUUGCGAGAGACUCCGCGGCGGUCUUUGCCUGGAAGGGCGAGACGCUCGAGGAAUACUGGUGGUGCACCGACCAAAUGUUGAACUGGGGUUCUGAACCGCUCGACAUCAUCGUUGAUGACGGUGGGGAUGCGACUUUGUUGAUCCACGAAGGUUACAAGGCCGAAAAGGCGUUUGAAGCCACCGGUGCGAUCCCGGAUUCGUCCACCACGGACAACGCCGAAAUGAAGUGCGUCUUGAACAUCAUCGCGGCCAACUUGAAGACUAACCCGAAGAGAUGGCACAAGAUCGUCGAGACGUGCGUUGGUGUUUCCGAGGAAACCACCACUGGCGUCAAGAGGUUAUAUGAAAUGCAAAAGGUGGGCGAAUUGUUGUUCCCGGCGAUCAACGUCAACGACUCCGUCACCAAGUGCAAAUUCGAUAACUUGUACGGUUGCAGACACUCUUUGCCGGACGGUAUCAUGAGAGCCACUGACGUCAUGAUUGCCGGUAAGACUUGCUGGGUUGCCGGUUACGGUGACGUCGGUAAGGGUUCCGCCGCUUCUUUGAAGGCGGCGGGCGGUCGUGUCAUCGUCUCCGAAAUCGAUCCGAUUUGCGCGUUGCAAGCGGCGAUGGAGGGCUACCAAGUCGCCCCGCUCGAAGACGUCGUCAGCGAGUGUGACAUCUUCAUCACCACCACCGGUAACAAGGACAUCAUCAUGGCUUCUCACAUGAAGAGCAUGAAGAACAACGCCAUCGUCGGUAACAUUGGUCACUUUGACAACGAAAUCGACAUGGCUGGUUUGGAAGCUAUCACCAAGCGCAUGAACAUCAAGCCGCAGUGCGACAGAUACGAAUUUCCGGACGGACACGGCGUUAUCGUCUUGGCCGAAGGUCGUUUGCUCAACUUGGGCUGCGCCACUGGUCACCCGUCUUUUGUCAUGUCUUGCUCGUUCACCAACCAGUGCAUCGCGCAAUUGGAAUUGUGGAACGAACGCAAAUCUGGCAAAUAUGACAAGAAGGUGUACGUCUUGCCGAAACACUUGGACGAAAAGGUUGCCCAAUUGCACUUGGAAAAGAUUGGCGUCAAGUUGACCAAAUUGUCCGCGGAACAAGCCGCGUACAUUAACGUCCCGGUUGAAGGUCCGUUCAAGCCGGCCGCCUACAGAUAUUAA